GUCUUGGUUUCUGGAGCACCCUCCCAUAGACGAAAGUAUCCCAGGAGUCUGGGAUCUUUCAAAAUUCAUAUUGGUUCUUUCCUGAUUCCAUUUCAUUUGCUUUCUUUUCCAGCUUUGCUUUCAUAAUCAUCUCUGCAUUGCCAACAGCAACAAAAAAUGAGUGGAUCCCUGGGGUUGGUAUCAUUUGAGGAUGUGUCUGUGGACUUCAGCUGGGAGGAGUGGAAGGACCUGGAUGAUGCUCAGAGGACCCUGUAUAAGGAUGUAAUGCUGGAGAUCUAUAGCAACCUGGUGUCCUUGGGACACUGUGUACCUAAACCUAAAGUGAUUGUUAAGCUGGAGCAAGGAGCAGAACCAUGGCUGGGAGAAGCCCUAGAUAAGAAUGUCACAGAUGUCCAGCAAGUAGAUGUCUUCGGUGAAAUGUGCCAGGAAAGUCCAGACAGACAUCUGUUACAAGUCAUAAUCAAAAGUAGCAACAUAGUGGAGGAAAGAGUUCGUUUUUUAGGUGUAAAAAAUGAAACAAAUCUUCUUACUACAAACCAGAUCUCAGUGUACAGCGGGAAACUCUCUCAGGAGAGAUACCCUAUGAAUAUAAUGAAUGUAAUUACCAGAAAUCAGAUCUCAGCAAGCCUCAGAGAACUCAAGCAGGAAACAAAUCACAUGAGUGUAACACAUGUGGAAAGUCUUUCAAGCAAAACCCAUACCUCAAUGUUUAUCAGAAAAGACACAGAGGAGAGAAAUCUUAUGAAUAUAACCCAUGUGCAAAGUCUUUCAAAAGGAAAUCAUAGCUCGAGGUGCAUCAGAGAACAUACAGGGGAGAAACCACAUAAAUGUAACGUGUGUGGAAGGUCUUUUAGCCAGAUGUCUUAUCUCUGCAAACAUCAGAGCACACAUACAGGAGAGAAACAAUCUGAACGUAAUGCAUGUGGAAAUUCUUUUGUCAUCGAAUCAAACCUAAAGAGGAAUCAGAACACACACACAGAGGAGAAACCAUAUGAAUGUGAGUCAUGUGAAAAGUCUUUCGGCAAGAUGUCUUAUCUCCUCAAGCAUCAGCUUACACAUACAAGAGGGAAACCAUAUGAAUGUAACACAUGUGGAAAGUCUUUCACCCAGAUGUGGUAUCUCCACAGACAUCAGAAAACACACACAGGAGAGAAACCUUAUGAAUGUAACACGUGUGGGAAGUCUUUCAUAGUGAUUUCACAUCUCCGCAUGCAUCAGAGCACACACACAGGGGAGAAACCAUAUGAAUGUAACACAUGUGGAAAGUCUUUUGUCAUCAAGUCCAACCUCACUAGGCAUCAGAGAACACACACAGGGGAGAAACCAUAUGAAUGUAAAUCAUGUGGAAAAUCUUUUAGACGGAUGUCACAUCUCUGUAGCCAUCAGAAUAAACACACAGGAGAGAAAUCUUAUAACUGCAACACAUGUGGAAAGUCUUUCUUCUACAAGUCAAACCUCACUGACCAUCAGAAAAUACACACAGGAGAGAAACCAUAUGAAUGUGACACAUGUGGAAAGUCUUUUCUCAUAAAGUCACACCUCAAUACACAUCAGAAAACACACACAGGAGAAAAACCAUAUGAAUGUAACAUCUGUGGAAAGUCUUUCACCACAAAGGCAAUCCUCAAUUAUCACCAGCCAAUUCAUACAGGAGAGAAGCCUUAUGAGUGUAACAAAUGUGGAAAGUAUUUUGUCUACAAGUCAUCCCUCAGUUUACACCAGAAAACGCACACAGGAGAGAAACCAUAUAAAUGUAACAGAUGUGGAAAGUCUUUUCUCACGAAGUCAUACUUCAGUAUGCAUCAGAAAACCCAUACAGGAGAGAAACCAUAUGAAUGUAAUUUAUGUGCAAAGUCUUUCAGCCAGAGGUCUCGUCUCUGCAUUCAUCAGAGCACACAUAAAGAAACCAUAUGAAUGUAACACGUGGAAAAUCUUACUGAAAGAUUAAAAAUUAGAGUUACAUUUUACAAUUGCUAACUGCUGAUUUUGCUUCUGUAAACUUGCUUGCACUAGCACUGACCCUUCCCCUCCCUGGAAAUAAGUAAAAAGUUUCAGACUCUAGAUGCCGGCCCCGGGACAAGGUCUGUGGUUAAAGAUAAAGAACAAAAGAGUGUGUUUUUCUAAGUUCUUGUUUGAAAAUUCACCAAAUGGGACCCAAGAUAAGGACCAUCUGGCGAGUCCAGCAAACUAAGUCAAACAUCAACCAAUCGCAAGCCUGCAACUAUGUGAACUCCCCUCCAGGGUGACCGCUCCCCCUAGAUUUGCCCUGAGCGAACCAUUUUACGAAGAAUGUUACAAAGUUUCCCUCGUAGCAAAAUGAUUGCUGGAGUACACAGUGACUUGUAGAUGGACCAAUCCCGGGGCACCUGGUUUCUUAUGCUAAUCCUGUGGUUUUUGCCUUUAAAAAUGCCUGUAACCACUGGGCAGGGCUCUCUCUCUUGCCAAGGCAGAGAGACCGAUUGUGCAAACGCUGAAUAAACUCUUGUUUGUUGCAUCUGCUGGUUUGGAGUCUUGGUUUCUGGGGCGCCUUCCCGCAGACGAAAGUAUCACAGGAGUCUGGGGUCUUUCAUUACCAAGUCACACCUCAGUACCCAUCAGAGAACACACUCAGGAGAAAAGCCAUAUGAAUAGCACAAUUCAUCCUUCAAGAGGCAUCAGAGAACACAUAAGGGACACGCUAUAUUAAUCGAACACAUGUGGAAAGCCUUCAGAUAUAUCAAAUCUCCUCAAGCAUCAGAGAACACAGAGAAAAGAAAUAUUAGAAAUGUAACAAAUGUAGAAAGUCCACUACAAGUCAAACCUCAAUGUUCAUCUGAGAAUACAGACAGGAGCGAAACCUUAUGAAUGUAACAAUUGUGGAAGGUCUUUCAAGCAGAAGUUUAAUCUGAGUGUGCAUCAGAGCAUUCACACAGGAGAGAAACCUUAUGAAUGUUGCAAAUGUGGAAAGUCUUUCACUUACAAGUCAGAUCUUAGCAGACAUCAGAGUUUGCACAGGAGAGAAAUCAGCACCAAAUCAGACAGAUGGAAAUGAGGAUUAUAAGAGUUUUGAACAUGUAUUUUAAUGCUUUUUUAUUUCAUCGAUUUGUUUCUAAUGCAUUUAUAAGAUUAUCUCUUUGUUG